CGAAAAACUGGUAGACAUUUUGGUUCCAGCAGAGCGUAGUUUCCUUUAUUUAUAGGUGUUUGCAGCUGUUCUGUAUUACCUGUAUGGAUGUUUGAGCCAUUAUGGCAGCUAGCUAGUUACAGCACGUAGACUAAUACAGUAACUGAGGCAGCAUGGUGCGAGUGGUCUUUUUGCACCCUGAUUUGGGAAUAGGAGGUGCCGAGCGGCUGGUGGUGGAUGCAGCUGUAGCCCUGCGCUCCCGUGGAUGCAGUGUCCAGAUCUGGACGGCGCAUUAUGAUUCACAGCACUGCUUCUCAGAAACACUCUCGCCAGACCUGCCCGUGGUGUGUGUUGGCGACUGGUUGCCCACCAGUGUGUGUGGGUACUUCCAUGCCAUCUGUGCCUACCUGCGCAUGAUUUAUGUAGCUCUCUACCUGGUGUUUCUGAGCGGAGAGGAGUAUGACGUGGUUUUCUGUGACCAGGUGUCUGCAUGUAUUCCUGUCUUGCGUCUGGCACGCCACAGGAAGAAGGUCCUCUUCUACUGCCACUUCCCGGACCAGUUGCUAACAGAGCGGCGUUCUCUGCUCAAGCGUCUCUACCGUGCGCCCAUAGACCGCCUGGAGGAGUUCACAACCGGCAUGGCCGACCUCGUCGUAGUCAACAGCAAAUUCACCGCCAACAUCUUCAAACAGACCUUCCCCAACCUGGCUGCGAUCCAAACAGAUGUCCUUUACCCCUCUCUGAACACGUCCUCUUUCGAUCAGAAAGUGGGAGACCUUGACGGGCUGAUCCCUGAGCACCGGCGCUUCCUUUUUCUCUCAAUUAAUCGCUAUGAGAGAAAGAAAAAUCUGCCGUUAGCAUUGCAAGCACUGGCUGCACUGAAGGAGCAGAUUUCAACUCGCCAUUGGGACCAGGUACACCUGGUUAUGGCAGGUGGCUAUGACGAUCGGGUGGCUGAGAACGUACAGCACUAUGCUGAGCUGCGUUCUCUGGCCGCCUCUCUUGGCCUGGAGGAGCACGUCACCUUUCUGCGCUCCUUCUCUGACCACCAGAAGGUGGCACUGCUAAGCAAAAGCACUUGUGUCCUUUACACGCCCAGCGGUGAGCACUUUGGAAUCGUACCUGUUGAGGCCAUGUACAUGCAAUGCCCCGUGAUUGCCGUAGCCUCUGGAGGACCUCUGGAGUCUGUGGCGGACGGAGAGACGGGCUUCUUGUGCCAGCCCACAGCCGAGAGCUUUGCCGAAGCCAUGCAGCGAUUUGUGGUUGACCCGGAGCUCAAGCAGUGCGUAGGGAAGGCAGGAAGGGAAAGGGUGCUAGGGCGCUUCUCUUUGCAAGCUUUCACCGAUCAGCUUUACCAAUAUGUCAUCAGUUUGAUCAACUGAUCCUUCGACAUCCUCCCGUUAUUCCACUGACCUGGUGCUGAAAGAGUGCACUCUCUAAUUAAAGAAGAGAGCCGUGAACAUGUAGGGAAUUGACCUGUCAAACACUGGAGAUGGAGUGACAGUACAGGACAGAGCCAGAAUGUGGACAGCUGCUGACUCAGAGGUUAAUGAUUUCUACUUUGCUGGACCAUCUCAGAGUGUGUAUGUGGAUGUCUUUUAUCCACGAACUAAUAGAGAGGUUAUGGGACAGAAGUCGAUCUUCAUGCAGACCUUCAAGUAUCCUAGCGUUUGUGCAGUUAUAUCACUGAAAGAUGUUUACAGAGCUGUUAUUUUGCUAAGUAGCAGACCUAUUAAGAUGUUAUUACCUCUUUAAUUUAUAUAUAUGGGUUUGGGAUUGUUAUUGACUGUUUGCUUCCUUGUCAAUAAUUUGAUGAAACUGUUGUCAUCAUUAAACGAAUUGGUGAACAAUAUUGUGUUUGCUACUUAUUAGAGGUGUUAUGUCACUAUCUGUAUCUGUUUAUUGCUCCAAAAUAUCUGUAUUCCAAUUUAAAUCCAAAGUGGGCUUGAUUUAAACCUGAAGUGUGUGUUUUUUUUUUGUUUUUUUUUUUAUUAAAUAUGAACUCCACCACUAUACCUCCUGUCUCUGGGAGUUUUCCAGGAUUCUGGCUCUUUUCUCUUUUGUAUUAUUUUGGACAAUACCAUAUUUUCCAGUCAGAUUUUGGUAUUUAUUGGUUCACUAGUUUCAUUCAUCUUCAGUAACUGGUUUAUCCUCAUAAGUUUAGUGGUGAAUCCGUCACCCAAGCUGGGAACACUGAGCAUGAGGAGGAAAUACACCUGGGGUGGGACUCUAGUCCACGUAAGCACACGCUCAUUCACACCUAGGGGCAAUUUAGUGGAGCCUACUUGUUUUUUGGACAGUGGAUGGAAACCGGAGAACUCAGAAGAAACCUGUAUGGGCACAGGGCGAACAUGUAAAACUCUGCACAGACAGUAAUCUUAGCUCAGGACCCUGGAUCUGUGAGGCAGCAACACUAACCACUGCAUCAUGGUACCUAUUUUCUGUAAUUUAGAAUGCAAACUGACUUAUUUGGUGUUAAUUUUGCAAUAGCUUAACAGUGAAGUUGUGAUUUCAGUGGAACUUUGAGGGAUGUAAUACUGUUUUCUGAGGUGUGAACAUUGUUAACAAGACAAUGCUAGCAGGCAGAGAGAAAAAACUGAAUUUUUCCACAAAACCCUAGCGCAUGUCGGUGGACGAGAAGGCUCCAUGUUAACAGCAUAAAUAAUAAACAUCAUAAACAGAGCUUUUAUUGACCAAAGAGACCACGGCCCUGCUCUCUUCUUUUCUGCUGGUUCACAAAACUGAGGUUCAUGAUUUCACAGGUCAAAGUUCACUGUUCACAU